GUUCAUUCAUCAUCCGGAUUCUCAAAAUUGUCGGCGAUGUCGCUACCAAAUUCCAAUUCUCAGCGCAGGUUCCAGUGUCGGAAAAACCUUCCACGCACAACCUCGUCGCUCUUGUUUCUUUUUGUGUGACAUAAGUACAACGAUAACCGAACUUACCGUCGAACAUACCUGCAUUCUCAUUACCUCGUGUAUCAUAUCAUUCGCUGCAUUGCAUUCACAAACACAAAAAACCAAUUCCUCAAAAUGGCAGAAACGAUGUUGCGAAACCAGGGCCAGAUGCUCGGCCACGCUUACACGGUGGUGAUGUACAAGCGCCGCGAUAAGUACUCGCAAAUGGGUGUCCCAGAAGACAAGCACCUGCACUUGGACGUCGUUUUGUUGAUCCUCGGUUCCUACUUCCUUGUCCCGCUGCUGUACGGGAUGAUCUGGUGGCUCAUCUUCCUCAUCAUCCUAGCGGUGGUCGGCACAGCAGGCGUGGCGGUAUUAGCAACACAGUUUCUCUGCACUUCAUAUAUAUGAGUUACUCUUUCGUAAUCGUAGAGCCGAGCGAUUGCCUCUCGCGUAGCAUUGACCCAAAAUUUGUUUCAGGAGAUGGAAAAGCACAACAAAUGCAUCUCACAGGUCUACGAUCCGGAAAGGUUCGCGCAAGUUCGGGCACAGACGGUUCACGCAGCCGAGAGCGUGCCCACCGAGCAAGUUCUUGGUGCCGUGCAAAGCAUCCGCGUUGGCUUCAUGGAAGGCUGCCAGUCCGGCACUCGAGCGUCCCUUCGCGCGGAAUAAUUUUAUCUAAGACUGAUUGAAGUAAAACUAAAAUGUCACAUUUGUCUUUACACAUCUUCAUAUGCCAUCGCGAUCUUUCUUAGGUUUCAAUCCAUGCUACCUGUGUGUUUUCAUAUGUAACGAUCCGGAAUCGUUUGAUUUUGAUAAUAUAAUUUUUCUGCGAACCCAGGUGGGAAUGUACCGUCUAUUAUGCGCGUAGUGCUGAACUUGUGCCCUUAUGACCUUCUUGUUCAAGUGAUCUUCCACCAACUUGCCCGGGCAUACCUCGCGUGUGUGAACCCAAACAGACUUGGUGAGGUAGCAUGCCACUUCGACAGCAACUCAUUCUCAUCCUCAUGUUCCG